AUGGUAGCAGUUAUGCUAACCCUGGCAAGCAAGCUGAAGCGGGAUGAUGGUGUCAAAGGGCCCCGUGCAUCCAAUCCAGCUUCCGAUUCUACUCGGAGAGUGUCAGUUCGAGAUAAACUGCUCGUUAAAGUGCUUGCAGAGGCAUCUGGUAGUGGAGACGGGUCAGAAGCUUGGGGAUGCAUCUGUGCCUGCACUUAUCUCCUCGCACCUCAUGGUACCCUUGAAAAGAUCUUGCGGCAUCCACAGUUGCGCUGGCACCCAGAGGUUGCUGAACUUGAAGCUAAUUUACCUUGUACAUGUAAAGUGAAUUUUCCUGACCCAAACAAACUCCAUUACUUUCAGUUAACUGUAAUCCCAGAUGAGGGUUAUUACCAAGGUGGAAAAUUUCAGUUUGAAAUUGAAGUUCCAGAUGCCUAUAAUAUGGUGCCUCCAAAGGUAAAAUGUUUGACUAGAAUCUGGCAUCCGAACAUCACAGAGACGGGUGAAAUCUGUUUAAGGUAGUUAACAGC